GGUUGAAGUUUGAAAUAAAGAAAAAAUGGGAUAAAUGAUAAAACUAAGACCAAAUACACUUGCAAGUUGAUGAUCCACUUGCAUAACCAUGCGUAAGCUCCUUCGUGGCUUUGCAAAAAAUCAAUAACAAAAACAACCUUGUAUAACCAAACAAACCAACCUCAAUCCCAUUCCUACCUAUUAUUAUCUCUUCCUUUCUCAGCUUCGCUCUUAUCUCUCGAAGCUGAAAAAGAACAAAGAAAAAAAAAACCCUCAACACCAAAUCUAUUCCAACUUGUACUACAAAAAUAUUACUCACACAAUAUAAAGGUUUCUUCAUUUUCUUCUUCUUCUUCAUCAAUAAAUCAAUAUCACACAUUCUCAUUUCUCACACACUUUUUUUCUUAUUUUCUCUUUUAAAUAUUUAUAAAAAAAAUAAUAAAAAUGCCUUCUUCUCUUCAGCUUGAGAGAUUCAAUCCUUCAACCGAUGCAGCCGCUUCAGCAGCCAUCGCCAACGGUGUAAACUGUCCUAAACAGCCACAAACUCCACCACCACCCACGGCAGCGCGUCGUCUUCACCACGCGCAUAUGGUGGGACUGGGAUCCAACCAGUGUUGCUCCGUCGUGACUCAAAACAUCGACGCACCCGUCUCCGCGGUAUGGCCGGUGGUUCGACGCUUCGACAACCCGCAAGGAUACAAGAACUUCGUAAAAAGUUGCCACGUCAUUACCGGAGACGGCAUUAACGUCGGUGCAGUCCGCGAAGUUCGCGUGGUUUCCGGGCUACCAGCUGAGUCGAGCACAGAGCGGUUGGAGAUUCUCGACGAUGAGAGACACGUCAUCAGCUUCAGCAUUGUCGGUGGGGAACACCGUCUGAGAAACUAUCGGUCGGUGACGACGCUUCAUUCGGUAGACGGAAACAGGACACUUGUCAUUGAGUCAUACGUCGUUGAUGUACCGCAAGGGAAUACGAAGGAGGAAACGUGCGUUUUUGUUGACACUAUCGUACGUUGUAAUUUACAGUCGUUGGGUCAGAUCGCUGAGAACAUGAUCAGAAACAAUGUUUAAGGAACAUGAACUCAUGUUUUAUUUUUUUAUUAUCAUAAUAAUCUUAGGUGUGUCUUCCGGUGUUUUUGUUUCGAAUAUGGGUACGGAUCUUGCGAUCAUUAUCGUGACCAAGAUGCCAGCCUGUAUUGGGAAUUAAUGGAUGGGAUGGAUGGGUAGAUCAAGAUGAGUAGGGUUUUUUUCGGAUGACAAAAAUGUAGUUUGAACUUUGAAAUUUGAAUAUGGUAUAUGCAUAAAUGUAUAUAUGUUCAUAUUUAUGCUCUUGUUCUUGUUCUUGUUUGCAAUAUACUAAAUGAGAUACCAUAUUGCAUUGUGUUCUAUAGUGAACUUGUUGUUUUUGUACAAAUAAUCUUUUUCAUUAUAAGGUUGGGAAGUAGAGCUAUGUGAAGACUGGAACACCAGGGAUAAAGGAGUCAGCAAUGUUUCUUCUUUUUCUAUUCUUUUUACAAGAGCAGUGUUUUUUAUUAGAUUUUUUGGUUCUAUAUGCUUGCAUUUAUAUAUUGGUGUUCGUACAAUUUAUAUACUAUUGUCACGAGCUAGAGGAAAUAUUUGGGUAGUUUCAUUUUGUAUUUGU